AUGGCCCAACAGCAAUACCUAGUCCGACAUCUUGACACAGGGAAGGAGUUCAAGCGAGAUUUCAUUCUGAACAAUGCGCAAGUAAUCACUUCCUCAUGGCCACAUCCUACGGUAGUCGAUCCCGCCGUGGAGGCCUUUCAUCAGAAGCUACCCGACUGCGCUGAGACGAGACUCCACGCCCGACCAGUCAUAGCAGCCGAGCUCGGAAUCGGCCAUGUGUUCCUCAAAGACGAGUCCAUCAGGUUUGGACUGCCAGCCUUCAAGAUUCUUGGUGCUAGCUGGGCCAUCUUCAAGUCUGUGUGUCAAAAGCUCGAUCUUCCACUCUCUUCGUCUAUAAACGAAGCGAGGGAAGCUAUUGCAUCGGCCAGGAAUAUGCAAGUCGUGACUUGCACCGAGGGCAACUGGGGUCGUGCUUGUGCAAGGAUGGGGAGGAUUUUGAAUCUAGAAGUGGUCAUCUAUGUUCCCGGCUUCAUGAGCGAGUACACGCAGCAACUCAUCGAGAGUGAAGGAGCUAAAGUCAUUCGCUUGCCGAAUGGCUCCUACGACGAUUCGAUAGAGAAAGCGAGGAGUGUCUCUGAAGAGACUGGAGCGUUACUUGUCAUGGACACCAGCUGGGAUGAUUAUGAAGAGGUACCACGGUGGGUCACACAAGGCUACGGUACGAUGCUCGCCGAGACCGAUCGCCAGCUUCGGAUCGCUUUGGGAUGCCACAGCCAAGAUACAGUAUACAUUACGUCUGUUGGCGUAGGCUCCUGGGCACACUCCGUUGUCGCGCACUACAAAGCUGCCGAUCCAAGCGUAUUCAUUAUGACAGUUGAGCCUGACGCCGCACCAUCCUUCAAGGAGUCACUGCACUGUAACGAGAUCAGAUCGAUCGUCACCGGCGAUACCAUCAUGGCAGGCAUGAACUGUGGUACCACUUCGAAGAUUGCGUGGCCGGUGUUGCGAGACGGCGUUGGCGCAGCAGUCGUAGUGACUGAUGCUGAGGCACAUCAAAGUGUGCUGGACUUGAAGGCUCAAGGCGUCAAGGCGGGUCCAUGUGGUGCGGCUACGUUGGCCGCUCUGCGUAAGUACGUCAGGGAGGCAGGUGAUUCGCGAGACUGGGCGAACUCGACGGUUGUGCUGUUCAGUACGGAGGGUGAGAGGGAGUAUGAAGUGCCGGAGGUGUGA